AUGUCAUCCUCGACUCCCUCCAAGAAGCGCAUCCAGAUCUCGUCGUCCUUUACCACCGACGCUGAACAUCUCCACGAGCAGAUUCACGAUAACAAGACCGGCGAGACCAAGACCGUCACUCACGACACACCGCACGAAACUUCGCAUACCACUACUCUCACCACAAAUCCGUACACCGUAGAGACCAACGGUGCUGAACAAAAGACCAAACAAGGCGACUCCAUCACUCUCGAUAUCGAGCCUUCCCACUGUCCAGCUACCGUCGGCUACGAUACUAAGACAAUGUCCAACAAACCCUUCACCAUCGCCAUUGGCUGCGACGACGCUGGCUGCGGCUACAAGAACAAGAUCAAGGAAGACUUCGAGAAAGACUCUCGCGUCGACAAGGUCAUCGACGUCGGUGUCAACAGCAGCGACGACAAGACUGCCUACCCACACCCUGCCGUCGAUGCUGCAAAGCUCGUAGCAGAAGGUAAGGCCGACCGCGCACUCCUAAUCUGCGGAACUGGUCUUGGUGUCGCCAUUUCAGCAAACAAGGUCCCUGGCAUUCGUGCCGUCACCGCUCACGACAGUUUCUCUGUCGAGAGGGCGAUAUUGAGCAACAAUGCUCAGGUUCUGUGUAUGGGCGAGAGAGUAGUCGGUGUCGAGGUUGCAAGGAGGUUGGCCAAGGAGUGGCUCAGCUACAAGUUCGACGAGCAAAGUGCGAGUGCGAAGAAGGUUGAUGCUAUCAUGGAGCACGAGAGGAAGAACUACCAAGGUGCGCAACAUGUUGAGAACAUUGCUCUAGCCAAGGCUGCUUGA